UGCCUCCCCCGCCCUCUCCCACAUCAUUAAAUUAAUUAAUCACAAAAAACAGUUUUUGUUUUAGGCAUUUAAGGGGUUAAAAGUAGGGACUGCCUACUCGUGGCCACGUGUUCUGCUGACAAGGUGCAGGAAGCAGGAGACAUGUGUUGGUGGGGGAGUCGCUGAGAGACUGCCGCUGAAAUCUUCACCUGGGUGGAUGGAAGAUGCCCAAUGUGUCGAGUUCAUCCGUGGAGACAAUGGAUAAGUUUGUGGUGGUGGUCAGCGAUGAUGCGAAGAGCGCCGAAGGUUGGGGAGGGGGCCGGCGUGGGACGGCGGCCGGUCGGAGCGACGGGGAGGACGAGAGACCCAGGAAGAAGAGGAAGGCAAAUGGCAGCCCCGGGAAGGAACGGCAGCAACCUCCCCCUCAGCCCCACGGAGACGGGUGGGAGAUGUCGCCCACCCCCACCCCCUCCUGGAGGAACAUCCGUGCAGAGGGCCUCUCCUGCGACUACACCAGACUCUUCCCAACCUCCGAGGCCGAUGCCAUCCUCUCGCAGUUGGAGAGGGAGCUGGAGUAUUUUUCAGGUGAUCUGACAAAGGUGCAGGUAUUUGGGAAGUGGCACAGCAUUCCCCGCCAACAGGUGACGUACGGAGACCCGGGCCUGACCUACAGGUACUCGGGGGUGACCCUGACCCCAAAGCCUUGGAUUCCUCUGCUGCUGAGGAUACGAGAGAGGGUCACACAGGUGACAGGGCACACGUUCAACUUUGUACUAGUCAACAGGUACAAGGACGGGAGAGACCAUAUUGGGGAGCAUCGAGAUGAUGAGCGGGAGCUGGCGCCGGGCAGCCCCAUUGCCUCCGUCUCCUUCGGCGCCUGCAGGGACUUCGUCUUGCGGCACGGCGAUUCGCGGGGGAAGGGUGCCCAGCGGCAGCGGGGGGCGGUGGCCCCGGUGAAGCUGCCCCUGGCCCACGGCAGCUUGCUGGUGAUGAACUACCCCACCAACGUCUACUGGUACCACAGCCUGCCCGUCCGCAGAGCGGUGCUGACCCCUAGGGUCAACCUGACCUUCCGCCGGGUGCUGCCCUCGCUGGCGCCCUGAGCCCCCGGAUCACUCCGCGUCUUUGUGGCUCCGUCUUCGGUGUAAGGGCGGCGCAGCGGUAGAGUUGCUGCCUCGCAGCGCCAGGUUCGAUCCUGACCACGGGCGCUGUCUGUAUGGAGUUUGUACCUUCUCCCCGUGACCUGCGUGGGUUUUCUCCGGGUACUCCGGAUUCCUCCCACACUCCAAAGAUGUACAUGUUUGUAGGUUAAUUGGCUUCGGUGAAAUUGUAAAUUGUCCCCAGUGUGUGCGUAUGUGUGUGCGUAUGUGUAUGUGUGCGUGUGAGUGCAUGUGUAAGCAUGUGUAUGAUAGUGCUAGUGUACGGGCUGAUCGCUGGUUGGCGCGGACCCGGUGGGCUGAAGGGCCUGUUUUCACGCUAUAUCUCUAAACUAAACUAAACAUGCUGCUGAGUUUACAGAUACAGCGUGGAAACGGACCUUUCUCCAGAGUCCAAGCCGACCAUCAACCACCCCUUGACACACUGGUUAUACGUUAUCCAACUCUCUCAACCACUCUGCACACUAAAUCCACAGCAAUCCACAGCGGCCGAUUUGCCUACAAACACACACGUCUUCAUCACUUCCUCCAGCAUUUUGUGUUUUUCAACAGGAUUAGUAUGUUUAAAAAAACCCCUCUAAUGUCCUCUUUGCAAUUAGUACUGGAUUACUUGACUAAAUGAUGAGCCUCAGACCAGAGAUGGAGGCACAUUUUUUACCAAUUACUUCCGUAGAAUAUUAGGGGUAUUGUUAUCCAUUCUGUCUGUAUGUAUAUUUUAUAAAUAUUUCUUAUUAAAACGUUUCUACUCUGA